CUGAUAGGAUAGCAUCACUACUCACAAGUAGGCUUAUUAAUUAUUCUCUUACUUGCUUGAUCAAAUCAACCAUCACCAUGACCAACUCCUCCAAAACCAUUUCUGCCACUCUCCUAGUUUCCCUUGCGCUUAUUACUUUUCUCUUCUCCUCCACGGUGAAUGCUAGUUAUUAUGAAAAGAUUUCCCCAACACAGCUAGGUUUCAAAGAGGAGAAGCUCACCCACCUUCGCUUCUUCUUCCAUGACAUCGUUACGGGCCCGAAGCCCUCCAUGGUCAUAUCCGUCGAGUCACCCAUCAAGGAUAAGUCCAAGUCUCCACUGCCCUUCGGAUCCAUUGUGGUGAUGGAGGACCCAUUGACGUUGGGUCCCGAACUCGAUUCCAACCUCAUUGGAAAAGCCCAAGGGUUUUACAUGACAGUAGCCCAGGAAGCUGAGCUGUACUUGGAGCUAAUCAUGGGAAUGACAUUUACGUUCAUGGAGGGUGAAUUUAACGGGAGCACCUUAACUGUCAUGGGGCGUAACACCAUAUCGUCUCCCAUAAGGGAGAUGCCAAUCGUUGGUGGGACAGGGGCUUUCAGGUUUGCACGUGGUUUUGUUCAACCAAAGACUUACCAGGUUGAUUACUACAAAGGUGAUGCUGUUGUCGAGUACAACGUCUAUGUGUUCCAUUAUACAUCCCCAUCUUCGUUCUGGGAUGUUUAAGUAUAUAUGUAUGUGAUUAUAUCAUAUUACAUAUGUUGUGAUUAAGCUAGCUAAAUAAUAUGUGUCACCCUCAAUAUUUCAUAUUGGGAGAUUUUUUGUUUUUUUGAGAUGGUGUUGUUAAUGUUAGUGUGUAAUGGGUGAGAAAGGAACCAAAGAGGGAACAAUAUUCUAUGACAAUGGUUUGUAUUAUGUGAACGAAAAUGCAAUUUGAAAGUAAUAUUUUCCUUUUAAA